AUGUCUUCGAGCUCAUCCACUUCAAGGAAUCAGCUACAAGUGACUUGUGUUCAAACUAGGUUGAAGAAAUGUAGCUUCUUUGAAUGGAAAUACGAAGAACAUGAAGAAGGGUACUACAAAAACCUUCUAUAUUCUAUAAAGAAGAAACUGGAUGCUAAAGAGGAUCUGUCUGAGAUGAAAACUUUGAGAAAAAGGAUUGCUAAAGUGGAGUUCCUGCUAUCACAGGAGAAGUGUAAGGUGGCAAAGAGUGAGAAAGAUGUUUCUGAUUGA